UGUGUUUGUGCAAGGUUACCACGUUUCAACAAGAAAUCGGCGCUUAAUCUGCAUCGUAGCUAGUAUAUAUAUUGGCUUGAACUCAUCGUCCCAAGAAGGAACAGGAGCGAGGACCGGACUGGAGAUAAUGGCAUCCGAGUUCUCCUUUGCCCGAGGCGUCUCCCUCCCCGCCGCCGCGCACUGGCCGCCCCUCGCCUUCACCUCCUACAGGCUGCGGCACAGUGCGGCGUGCACCAGGGCGAAUCCUCGGGUCGUGGCGGCGGCGAGGGCGGUCUCAGUGGCCGCCGCCAGGAGGAUGCCCGGCUCAGUCAGAUACGGCGGCGCCAGGGUAGCGGCGUUGCGGGCGGAGGAGGCCGAGGUGGCCGUGCCACCGUCGGUGCCGGUGCGCGUCGCCUACGAGCUGCAGCUGGCCGGUCACCGCUACCUCGAUGUCAGAACGGAGGGCGAGUUCGGUGGUGGGCAUCCGGCAGGAGCGGUGAACGUCCCCUACAUGUAUAGCACCGGCUCAGGAAUGGCCAAGAACCCGCACUUUCUCGAGCAAGUGUCGGCGAUCUUCGGCAGGGACGACGAGAUCAUCAUCGGAUGCCAAAGUGGCAAGAGAUCUCUCAUGGCGGCAGCCGAACUCUGCUCCUCUGGCUUCACUGCCGUGACCGACAUCGCCGGAGGGUUCUCGACUUGGAGGGAGAACGGACUGCCGGUCAAUGGACGCGGGCUUCUAUAAAUGUGGUUGAAACAUCAUAAUUUGUCUUAGCAUGCUCCGAGACACCACAUCAGUGCACUGAAUAAGCAAAAUGGAGUUUGAUAUGAUCUACUCCUCCGUACCAGAAUACUUGUAGCUGGGGAAGCUAAUACAAGUUCCCCCAACUACAAGUAUUUCGGUAUAGAGGUAGUAUAGGAUGUAUGUGCUAUAUUAAUGUUAGAAUUUCCGUUCUUCACCUGACCUCCUGUAAACUGGCCCAUUACAAAAUAACACACGUAUGCUACGGUA